UCUAUGAUCUAGUGCUGACCGUCUUCCAGGGAUCUUUACUGUUUGGAGGGCGGAAAGUUAACAUCCGGUAUAGUUCAGUGCGGUCAAAGCGCGGUAAGGCCGGUGGCAAUGUAAAGGGAAAAAUACUUCAUUAUAUGCUGUAUAAUAUUGGAGGUUUAGAACAACAGGAUGCCAAGAAGAAAAGUCUUCUAUGAAGUGUGUGACAGGAUCCAGCCAGUCCCCACUAGAAUAUUCAGCCUUCUACUGGUGCUUCUGCAGGGCGCUCUUCUAGACGCCUUCCUCUUCCUCCACUAUGGGGGGAACUGGUACUGGUGGUUUGUGGCCGAUCUCGGCACGGCCACUGUGUUCAUUGCAGCAUUUGUGGUGGCUGGGAAGUACUAUAAGAGGACUAAACAUAACAAGAUGGAGCCAGAGUCACAUUUGAUCCAAGGGCGUGUUCUGGGUCUCCUCCCCCUGGGGUACAUAGCCUGGUUCACUUACUCUGGGCUCAUGGUCCCCCGUGUUGCCCUAAUCUUCAAACAUAUAGCCGCAGGGCUGGAUGAAAAAGACAUCCUUGGUCCAAACUUUCUGAAAACAGCUCUGGCAUUGACUGCUCCGAUUUUCCUGCUCAUGGUGCUGAGUCAGCACAAUAAGAAACAGACGCAGGAGAGAAAACAUUAUAUAGAGACCUUGGUGAAUGUGGUGCCGUUUGAUAUCCUAGACAGUGUUGAGUUUCUGGAGAUAUUGUUUGUGCAGGAGUCAAGGCUUGUUUUGCCAUUCACUUUGGAGGAUUUUAUCAUAGCUUUUCCCUGCAUUAAUCUCAUUAUCCCAGGUUUUUGCUUUGUAGUCCUGAGUCAGAGUUUCUAUGGAGAGCGUCCGUUGUCCAGAGGAUUCCAGUUCAUAUACACUUUAUCCCACAUACUUCUGGUCAAUGUGCCCUUCUUAACCAUCCGCAUGUACCUAUGGCACCUGCUGAGCCAGGACAUCUCCGUCUUCCUCAUCAAGAACAUUAUGAUGAUCUGCCUUGGGGUCAAUGACCUGUAUGAACUGUGUGGUGAGAGUGAUGAUGAUGGUGUAGAUGGCGCCGGUGCUGAUGGGGAGCCAGGAGAAGCCAUGGAGUUACAAGACAGGCCACCCAGCAGGGUUGUUCCAAUAGAAGAUGGUGAACAUGGUGAUGAUGAGGAACAGCCUCACACAGUUUUUAUAUAAUGCUGGUCAUGUCUGUGCUCUGUCUAGGUCUGUUUAUUUGAGACUUGUUUUAUAGGAAACUAUAUUCAUAGGAGUGAAUAUUUUACUGGAGAAAAGGUUCUGAUAAGACUUCCCCAUUGAUCUCAGAUUGUAUUUAUUUUUACUAGUUGGUGCUGUUUUGUCUGUCAGAUGAAAGUGGCACAUGUACUUACAGACGCUGUAAUGCAAGGAUUUGAUACACCUCCUUGAAUAUCAACAAACAUCUUAAGCCCAUUUAAAAAAAUUUUUAAAAUAUGUUUUGUUCAUGGUUUGGAUCAGCAUUUGAAUUGCAAUAUUUCCUUCAGUAUGAAUUUUGUGUUUGUGUUUUAAUUUGAUUUAUUAAGACAUUAAUUUGUCCUUGAAUGCGGAAAGUUUUGUUUCCUAUUUGAUAACAUUUUCAUUUUUGGUUUUACAUUUAGCAUGUGUUUUCAGUUUUGAUUUGGCUUUUGAACUUUGUUUAUUAUUAUUAUUUGCAAAACAUUCAGUCAUUCACAUGACUAUUUAUCAUAUUGUGAGAGCAAGCAAAGAAGAACAAUAUGUGUGGUUUUUCUAGUUCAGAGAGUAUGCAUAGUGUUGGAUUUUAUUACCAUAUUUCAUAUAAGUAAUACAGUACCUGUAGAUCUAGGCAUUGCAUGGUCGUAGGAUUUUUUCUUUGUAUAUACACGUAUAUAAAUAUAUAUUUUUGGUCAGAAGUGAUUUUUGGCCUUUAUAGCAAGGUGAAAAUGGAACGCAACGACUCUAGCUUUGUAUAUUUAAUUUUUUUUCAUGUUUAGUGCUUAGCAGGAUGCUGUUAUUUUGGUGAAAUACUCGAUGUAAUAAUGUGAAGUAAUAUUUUGCCGAUGGUCACAAGUUUACACGUAACGUAAUACAAUGGUGCUUUGUGAAAAUUUUAUACCAAAGUUUUCUAGUACGUGAAGUGUUUUUUGACAAUCUUAAAUAAAAUAUAUUUAAAAUA